ACACAAGGGGAAGAUGAGGGACGCGUUAUAUGAGAAGGACAUGUCGUGCUCUGCUUGUUUGAGGAAUUCUGGAGGGGCUGUCGAGCCACAAAGAUCCACAAGCAAGAACUGGAGAUCAAGAUUAGGAAUUUUCCUGAAAACUUCUCCACAUGCUCCACCAGCCAAGACACAGAGGAAACAAUAUAGACCAACCACUGAUGAGGUGAACCAGUGGGCGCAGUCUUUGGAUAAACUGCUGAGCUGUAAAUAUGGAACAAUCGCCUUCCGGCUGUUCAUGAAGUCUGAGUUCUGUGAGGAGAACAUCGAGUUUUGGUUGGCCUGCGAAGAAUUUCGCCACAUCAAGUCGCCAACAAAGCGCGCAGCCAGAGCCAAGCGCAUUUAUAAGAAGUUCAUCAAGAGCGAGGCUCCAAAAGAGAUCAACGUGGACUUUAACACGAAAGACGGCAUCUUCAAAAGUCUUCACUGUUCUACCCAGUCGAGCUUCAUCGCGGCCCAGAAUAAAGUCUACGGCCUGAUGGAAAACAACUCCUAUCCUCGCUUUCUCCAGUCGCAACUCUACACUCAGCUGUGUCAGCUCGCUCAGGGGAGGGAGUGUAAAUCCUGGGAGUAACAUAUUACAGAACGUUUAAUCCAUUUACUACAAACACAGGGUUCUCUGAGUACCAGAGAAGAACCGUUGUUAUUUCCCUACAGCCAGCUGUGAAAGUGAGGAGACUUUUAAAGGUUAAUCCUUCUACAUCUCUUUAAAGGUUUCUUCUUGAUCCUUUACAUUAUGCUGAAGUGCUUUAAACUUUAUAAAGGUUCUUCACAUUUAGGGAGCUAAAAGUGGCAUUAAAGACUAUGCCAUUAAGCACAGAAAGCAUUCCUUUUUUAAGAUUGUACACAAAAGUUCCUAAAUGGUUGUUUGGUUUCGAACCUUUACAUUAGAUAGUGUUUGUUUAAGCUUUAAAAGGUCCUUCACACUCAGAUUUGUCGUUUACAUUUCUUUAAAUAAGCAUCCCUAAACUUAUUCUAGGGAACUAGACGUGGUUCUUCUAUAGUUUCACUCCAAAGAAUCCUUUUGGUUACUUUUUACUUUAUGUUCUUGUGUUUAAGAUGGAUAAAUGUCUUGCACUAUCUUGUGUACAUGUUUGUAAAUAUUUGUAAAAUACUUAUUUUUUGUCCUUUUUUGCAUUCAUUAAUUUAUAUUUGGCCAUUUACUUAUGACUGGUUCAAAAAGUAUAUGGCUCUUUUUUCUAUGAGGAAAAUUCUAUUUUUCCAUCAAAUAA